AGAACCAGAGGUUGCUCACCAUGGCGUCCUACGACAAGGCCAUCGAGUCCUACAAGAAGGCCAUCACAACCGCCGCGUCCGUUGCAGCAUCUGUGAUGUUGGUUCGCAGCGUCGUGAAUGAGCUGGUCCCAUAUGAGGUGCGUGAUGUGCUGUUUUCCGGCCUCAGCUACCUGCGUUCACAGAUUUCAUCACAGAACACAAUUAUCAUCGAGGAGAAUGAGGGAUGGUCCCACAACCACGUCUACAACGCGGUGCGCGCGUACCUCGCAACACGCAUCAACAACAAUAUGCAGCGCCUGCGAGUCAGCAGCAUGGAUGAAUCCUUUGAGAAGAUGGUUGUCAGCAUGGAGGAAGGCGAAGAGCUGGUCGAUAUCUAUGACGGAACAGAAUUCAAAUGGUGCCUAAUCUCACGCAGCUCCUUACCCGACCCCAACAAUGGCAAUGGUAGCGUUCAACGCGAGGCCCGCUCCUAUGAGGUGAGCUUCCACAGGAAGUACAAGGAGAAAGCCCUGAAAUCAUACCUCCCAUUCAUCAUUGCCACAGCCAAGGCCAUAAAAGACCAGGAAAGAAUUCUCCAGAUAUACAUGAAUGAAUACUCAGACUCAUGGUCUCCAAUCGAUCUCCACCACCCAUCCACAUUCGACACGCUUGCCAUGGACCAGAAGCUGAAACAGUCCAUUAUCGAUGACCUCGAUAGGUUCAUCAAGAGAAAGGAUUACUACAAGAGGAUUGGCAAGGCAUGGAAGAGGGGUUACCUGCUGUAUGGCCCACCUGGGACUGGCAAGUCCAGCUUGAUCGCAGCCAUGGCGAACCACCUCAAGUUUGACAUAUAUGAUCUCGAGCUGACUGAGGUCGAUUCAAACUCGGAGCUCAGAAGGCUUCUUGUUGGGAUGACUAACCGGUCCAUUCUUGUUGUUGAAGACAUUGACUGUUCCAUCGAACUGAAACAACGGGAGGCCGGGGAGGAAUGUAACAAGUCCAAUUCUACAGAAGAAGGCAAGCGAGAAGAGAAAGUAACAUUAUCUGGGCUGCUAAAUUUUGUUGAUGGGCUGUGGUCAACAAGCGGGGAGGAAAGGAUCAUCGUCUUCACGACCAAUUACAAGGAGCGUCUUGAUCCAGCACUUCUGCGGCCUGGCAGGAUGGACAUGCACAUCCACAUGGGGUACUGCACACCAGAGGCUUUCCGAAUUCUUGCCAGCAACUACCACUCCAUCGACUAUCAUGCCACAUAUCCAGAGAUCGAGGAGCUGAUCAAGGAGGUGAUGGUGACGCCUGCAGAGGUUGCCGAGGUUCUCAUGAGAAAUGAUGAUACUGAUAUCGCACUACUUGGUCUAAUGGAGCUCCUAAAGUCAAAGAUAAAAGAUGCCAAUGAGAUCAAGAUUGAAAGUAAGGGUGAUACUAAGGUGACGGAGGAGAAUAAAGAUGACAAAGCGACAGAGAAACAAAAAGACCCCUCAACUGAUGAAUGCACUUAGGAUUGUGGAAUAGAACAAUUGACAACAAGAAUGUGUAUACGGUUAGAUAGGUUCUACAGAAGAUCCAUUUCAAAACAUGUGAUCGUUUUUUUGAAGGAGAAACAUGUGAUCGUUUUGACUGCUAAUAACAAUGUGUACUUGGAGA